AUGUCCUGGACAUACAACACGCCCGAGGGCACCCCCAACGAUGGGCCCAAGCUUACUGCCAUCGCCACUGUCUUUACCGUGCUUUCGUUUCUAAUCCUAGUCCUGCGCUUCUACGUCCGUGGAGUCAUGAUCAAGGCCAUCGGCACUGACGACUAUGUUCUGGUUAUCACUUGGAUUGCUGCAUGUGGCUUCGCUGUCAUCACCAUCCUCCAAUCAAAAUGGGGCCUGGGAUUGAAGUUUGUCGAGGACAUGCCGCUGGAGAACAUCUACAAUUUUGGACUGUUGCAAUAUAUGGGAGCGCCAUUCUACAUCACCAGUAUUCUCGGCUUCAAGCUCAGUCUGCUUCUGUCCUACCUGCGCUUCAUGACGGCCGGCGCUGUGCGCACGGCCACGAUUGUCGUUGCAGUUCUGUGCUGUCUUUUCCACCUGUCCUUCCUGCUCGUCCAGCUCAACCUCUGCCAGCCCGUUGCUAAGCAGUGGGACCCUGCGAUCAUGGACGGCCAGUGUAUUGUUGCUGUGCCCUUCUACACGAGCAUGGCUUCUCUGACUAUUGUAUUUGAUGUUGCAGUCAUGCUGCUGCCUUUCCCUGUGCUCCUUAAGUCACAAAUUCAAGCUCGCAAGAAGCUCGUCCUGCUUGGCCUGUUUGCGCUCGGCGUCUUCAUCACAAUCAUCCAGAUCAUCCGCAUCCAGACGAUUCGCAAUCUGGCCAACUACCUCGACUCCUCGGGCCUCAUCAUGUGGUCAACCGUCGAGAACAAUCUGGGCAUCAUGGUCGCCUCCGUGCCGACGCUGGCUCCCCUAUUCAAGUCGUUUGCCGAGAAGUCGCGGUCAGGCUACUACAAGAACACGAGCGACCAGGCCAAGGCCGGGUCCAAGUACGGCAUGCACUCGUGGCGCGACGGCGAUGGCGGCAGCCGCAGCGGCGUACACAACGGCUCGCAGAGCCACAGCAACAAGGUGUCGGGCGGGCGCACCAAGGGCGGGCUGAGCCCUGAGGACAGCCAGGAGCGCAUCUGGGCGGUCGGGUCGUCGACAAUCACCAAGAAGACGGACAUUAUCAUCUCAAGAGAGCUGCGUGGAGGCCGGGGGUCCGAUUCGACUUGA